CCCGGUGAUAUUUGUUUCAAAAUUGUGUUUCUACCCAAAAUUGUUAAGAUAUGGUAUACUUUUUCGAAAGUGAUGUGGUUAAACCACCUGUGACACUGUUCAUGGGCAUUGACAAAUACGAAAAUGAAGAGCUAAUAAAAUGGGGUUGGCCAGAAGAUGUUUGGUUCCAUGUACAUAAAUUUUCUUCUGCCCAUGUUUAUCUUAGGUUGCCAUAUGGUCAGACAAUAGAUGAUAUUCCAAGUGCAGUUCUGGAAGAUGCUGCACAGUUAGUCAAAGCCAACAGUAUUGAAGGUAGUAAAAUGAACGAUGUUGAUGUUGUGUAUACUAUGUGGUCAAAUCUUAAAAAAACUCCGGGAAUGGAUGUUGGAGAAGUGGGUUAUCAUCAUGAAAAAGAGGUGCGUAAACUUCAUGUGCCAAAGCGCAUUAAAACGACUAUCAAUCGCCUAAACAAAACCAAAAGGUCUGAAGACGUAAAUUUCCGUGCCGAGAGAGAAAAAAGAGAUCGAUUAGAAAGAGAAGAUCAAAAAAGAAAAUUAAGGGAACAAAAAGAAAAGGAGAAAGCUGAAGAAAAAAAGCGACAGGACGAAGCAGAACUUAAGAGCUACAACUCAUUGUUUAAAAAUGCUUCUAUGACUUCAAACACAGAAAAUACUGGUUAUGAUUCUGAUGAUUUCAUGUAACACAACUGAAUGUUGUCGAUAUUUAUUGACAAAAAUUAAAAUAUGAUUC